AUGAAUGUUCGCGACCCAUUCAACCUACACCGGAACACAGCCCUCAACGUUUUCAAGGUGACGGCUUCUCGCGCUGCCCAAAACAUAAAAGAAAAAGCAGUUGAGGCUGGAGCCACUGCCCUGAACGACAUGGCUUUCAAUGUGCCCAAGAAUAUCCCCUCCUUUAGCAACCCGCAACGAGUUCUCGAAGAUCGCUACUGGGGCGCCUCUGCCGCGAACAGCCGGUCCGGCCGUGGAGGAAACUCCGGCAUCUUUCAAGGCGUGCAGGGACGAGUCGAAGACCUGCUCGGCACCAGGGGCCAGCUCCCUAUGUACAAAGACAAGCCCUAUGCCCACCACGCGAGCCGGAGGUUUCGUCCUCUGUGGCGGAAGAAGCGUUCCAUCCUCGUCACCCUUCUGCUCCUCUUCUCGGGCCUAUGGUUCUUCGGCUUCUUCUCCGAAGGCUCCAAGGCUCGAGAGUCGGCUUCGACAUGGAGGGGCUGGCUCGGCGCUUCUGAGCCUACGGGCAAGAAGGUGGACUGGCUCAAGAGGCGAGAGAGAGUCGUGGAGGCCUUCGAGCUCAGCUGGGACGCCUAUGAACGUUACGCAUGGGGCUAUGACGAGUACCACCCCAUUGCGAAGACCGGUCGACAGAUGGCACCUAAGGGUCUCGGCUGGAUCAUCAUUGAUUCCCUCGAUACCAUGAUGCUGAUGAAUCUGACGACACGCCUGGGCCACGCGAGAGAAUGGCUUGCCAAAGACUUGACGUGGGACCAGGACCAGGAUGUCAAUACGUUCGAGACCACCAUCAGAAUGCUCGGCGGUCUCCUCUCCGCCCACUACCUGUCGACCGAGUUCCCUGAGCUGGCCGCGAUAAAGGACGACGACCCCGGCGCGGCCGGCGAGGACCUGUACUUGGAGAAGGCAAAGGACCUAGCCGAUCGCCUGCUCAGCGCUUUCGAUUCGCCCUCUGGAGUUCCCUACGCGAGCGUCAACCUGGCUCAGUACAAGGGCAUUGUCUCCCAUGCCGACGGGGGCGCUUCUUCGACCGCCGAGACGACCACUUUACAGCUCGAGUUCAAGUAUCUGGCCAAGCUCACCGGCGAAAAGGAGUUUUGGGACAAGGUGGAGAGGGUCAUGGAGGUUGUCGACAACAACGGCGCCCAGGACGGCCUCGUGCCCAUCUACAUCUACGCCACGACGGGAGAGUUCAGGGGCGACAACAUUCGCCUCGGCUCCCGCGGUGACUCGUACUAUGAGUACCUGAUCAAGCAGUACCUACAGACGAACAAGCAAGAGCCUAUCUACGAAGAGAUGUGGGACGAUGCCCUCGACGGCGUGCGCAAACACCUGAUCACUUACAGCAAGCCCUCCGGGUUCACUGUUCUCGGGGAGCGGCCCUCCGGCUUGAACGGCGAGCUGUCCCCCAAGAUGGACCAUCUCGUAUGCUUCAUGCCCGGGACAAUUGCGCUGGGAGCUACGGGUGGCAUCCCAGAGGCAGAGGCCAGACGGCUUCCGACAUGGAACAAGAAAAAGGAUGAGGACAUGAGGCUGGCGCGCGAGCUCAUGCAGACAUGCUGGGGCAUGUACAAGUGGAUGGCGACCGGACUUGCUGGGGAGAUCACAUACUUCAACAUCGACAAGCCCCCGGCGCCUGCCUCAGCCUCGCACCACCCGCCCAAGGACUUUGACCCCGACCCUCAUGCCAAGUGGCGGCAGGAUUUCGAGGUUCACUCCAACGACGUCCAUAACUUGCAGCGGCCCGAGUCCAUCGAGAGCCUGUUCUACAUGUGGAGAAUCACCGGCGAUCCGAUAUACAGAGAGUGGGGAUGGGAGAUGUUCAAAUCGUUUGUCAACUACACCGCAGUCGAGGACGGUGGUGGUUUCACAAGCUUGAGCAACGCUAACACAAUCCCUCCCGUCGUGCGUGACAACCUCGAGAGCUUCUGGAUGGCCGAGACUCUCAAGUACUUCUACCUUCUGUUCUCGCCCAACGACUUGCUGCCCAUGGACAAAGUCGUCUUCAACACCGAGGCCCACCCGCUUCCCCGUUUCGACAUGGGCAAGUUGUUCAACACUGGCUGGAAACGGAAACCGCGAGACGCCAACGGAAAGAUUGUUGUCGAGCAAGCAUGA